ACCCUGCUCAUCUCUCAGCUGGACAGUAAGGGCCGUUCACACCACACACUGACAACAUGCUGGGGACACUCUGCACUCUCAUCACUGCUCUAACAUAUGUCAGUUGCCAGAAAGCAGUGACACAGACACCUUCAGUACUGACUGUCAGUACAAAGGGGACUGCCACCUUUCACUGUGACAUCACCAAAGAUGAAAGUCAGUAUGUAAUCUGGUAUAAACAGGUUCCAGGAGGAGCUCCUCAGUAUGUGUUAAGGUUUUACCGUACUCAUGCCUCUCCUAAUGAAUAUGGUUCUGGUUUCUCCUCUGAUCGUUUCACAUCUAAAGCCACGUCUGAUAAGGAUUAUCAGUUUAUAAUCAGUAAUGUGGAGGAGACAGACUCAGCAGUGUAUUACUGUCAGACAUAUGAUGCCUCUGUUAAAGAGCACGUAUUCGGACCAGGAACCAAGCUCAUAGUUACUGAUGGAGAUCUGGCUACACCUGCUGUGACCCUGUUCCCUCCGUCCACUGAAGACCUCAAGUCCAGCAGAGCAACACUGGUGUGUCUGACUAGUAACCUGUCUCAGAAGUCCAAGGGGUUGGCAGAUGUCAGCUGGAUGUCUAACAGUGAAUCAGUGACAGAAGAUGUUUCUACCAGCCCUGCUGAGCAGCAACCAGACAAAACCUUCACGAUCAGCAGCUAUCUGACCAUUCAGACUGCAGACUGGGACAAGGACCUGGUGUUCACCUGUAAAGUGUCGUUGGGGUCAACAUUCUCUGAGAAAGAGAUCAGAAAGACUAGUUGUAGUCUGUAAAUCAAUAGUUUCAGACAAUCAAUACAACUGGUAGUUUGUUAUAGCUUCACAACG